UCUCCGCAAGAAGAAAAACAGAGCGAGAGCAGGAAAGAGGGGGAGAAAAAGAGAGAGAGGGAGAAAGAGAGCAGAAAGCCACAGCAGUAAGAAGCUGGCCCACUCAUUUCUGUUGCUCUGGUGAUGUCACGAGCAUGUGACCCUGCCUCUCCAGUGACAGCUUUUUUGAAGGGAGGGAAAAAAAAGAGAGAUUUUAAAGCUUCUGCCGUUUUGGGUUUCUGUGAAGGCUUUGCUCACCUCCUGAGCAACCACAGAACCACAGGAGUUCAGAUCAGAAUUUUUGCACCGGGCAGCACGUAAAUGGUUAAUUGUCGCAGGUCAGCCUCAGGCGUAAGGAGCGCACCAGUCAGUAAGUACGCUUCAACCGCACUUUUCAGUGCAGCAAGUUUGGCUCCAUCCUCUCCAGUUAGGGGACAUUUUUUUUUAGCCAGACCUGGUCAUUACUUGUGGUCAUGAAAAUAGUUGAUGCGAAAACGCAAUUCUUGUGGAUGUUUUUACCCUUGCGCUUUUUCUCCUGGCAUGAUGCAUGUGCCUAGUUGAGGACGCCUCAAAGGUCAUCAAAACCAUAGAGAAACAAAAUUUAUCCGUGGAGCAGCUGACGGUGGCGGCAAUGGCAUCAAACAGCCUCUUCAGCUCUGUGACACCUUGCCAGCAAAACUUCUUUUGGGAUGCGUGCGCGACUCGGCGCUUCAGCCCCCCGUCCAGCAGCCUGCAGCCGCUCCCGGCCAAAAUGAACGAGGUGAGCAGCAGCAGCAGCAGCAGCAGCACUGGAGGCAGCGGUGGGAUUAACAGCAUUAGCGGCGGGAAUGCCGGAGGUGGAACCGGGCAACACGACGCGAGACUGCGGCCGCUUGAGAACCGCUCCAUGGCAGAAAUCAUCGCCGAUCAUCCCGCCGAGCUCGUGCGCACAGACAGCCCCAACUUCCUCUGCUCCGUGCUGCCCUCUCACUGGAGGUGCAACAAAACGCUGCCGGUCGCCUUCAAGGUCGUGGCUCUAGGAGAUGUUCCAGAUGGUACUGUUGUCACUGUGAUGGCUGGGAACGAUGAGAAUUACUCAGCAGAGUUGCGCAAUGCUUCAGGUGUGAUGAAGAACCAGGUGGCUCGAUUCAAUGAUCUACGCUUUGUGGGACGCAGUGGAAGAGGAAAGAGCUUCACCCUGACAAUUACAGUGUUCACAAACCCACCACAAGUGGCCACUUACCACAGAGCCAUUAAGGUCACAGUGGACGGACCGCGUGAGCCAAGGAGGCACAGGCCGAAGUUGGACGAUUCACCGAAGGCGGGCCUGUUCUCUGACCGCCUGAGCGAGCUAGAACGCAUCCGACAGAGCACCAUGAGGGUGGCUGUGCCAACACAAACCCCCCGGACUUCACUCAACACCACCAACUCGUUCUCUCCUCAGGGCCAGGGCCAAAUCUCAGACCCACGGCAGUCACAGUCGUCCCCUCCGUGGUUUAAUGACCAAGCGUAUUCAUCGUACCUGAGCCCCAUGGCGUCCCCCUCGGUGCACUCUACAACCCCUCUGUCCUCCAGUCGUGCCACCGGCCUGCCUUCCAUCAACGAUGUUCCCCGCCGCCUGCCAGGUAACCUCCAGCCUCAGGCCCCUGCAGGUUCAACAGAUCUGACUCCUUUCCCUGGGCAGUUUGAGCGCCAGUUCCCCGGAUUCUCCUCCCUCACUGAGAGCCGAUUCUCCAGCCCACGGAUGCACUACCCGGCAACGUUUACCUACACGCCCACCCCUGUCACCACAGGCAUGUCUCUGGGCAGUGCCCAUUACCACACAUAUCUGCCCCCGCCAUACCCAGGCUCCACUCAGAGCCAGAGUGGACCAUUCCAGAGCAGCAGCACCCCCUAUCUCUACUAUGGGGCCUCCUCUGGCUCCUACCAAUUCUCGAUGGUACCUGGGGGGGAUCGCUCACCCUCCAGGAUGCUGCCCACCUGCACUAGUGCCUCCACGGGUGCCUCGUUGAUCAAUGCCAGUCUUCCCGUGCAGGCUGAUGGAGGGAGCGGUGUGGAGGAGGACGGUAGCCACAGCAACUCUCCAACUGUGCUCAAUCCAGCAGGGAGAAUGGAUGAAGGAGUGUGGCGGCCAUAUUGA